CACUGCUUCCUCCUCCCCUCUCCUCCUUUUCCCUGCCUCGCCCCCCCCCCCCCUCUCCCCGCCUCCUCCGCCUUUGCCUGUCCCACUUCUCGCCCGUUUGCACCUGCCACGCUCUCCUCCGUCCGCGGCUCCUCCCCGAGAACCAUGGAUUUCCUCGUCCCCAAGUCCACGCUCUACGACAGCAAUGACCCGAUGAACGAGAUGUUCGAGCGCGAGGUCCUCGGCCUCCCGUCGGCCGUGUCCUCCGGCCCGGCUGCCGCUCGCAUGGACUUCGCCGUCCCCGCUGGGGUCCACCCCGCCGACUUCGUGGAGCCCUACAUGGCUCCCUGCACCGCGGCUGCCGGGUACACUGACCCUCGCAUCCACAUGGAGCACGGCACCACCACCCUGGCCGUCAAGGUCAAGGCCGGUGUCGUUGUGGCUGUCGACUCUCGUGCCACCGGUGGCGCAUACAUCGCCUCCAGUGACGUUAAGAAGGUCAUCGAGAUCAACCCCUUCCUGCUGGGCACCAUGGCCGGUGGUGCUGCCGACUGCGCCUACUGGCAGCGUCACCUUGGCCGCCUCUGCCGCCACUACGAGCUCCGCAACCAGGAGCGCAUCUCGGUUGCUGCUGCCUCCAAGCUUCUGGCCAACAUCGUCUAUGAGUACAAGGGCAUGGGGCUCUCCAUGGGUACCAUGAUUACCGGGUGGGACAAGAACGGCCCUGGCCUCUACUACGUCGACUCGGAUGGCACCCGCCUGACCAACAACUACUUCUCCGUCGGCUCCGGGUCCACCUAUGCCUAUGGUGUGCUUGACUCGCAGCUGACCGGUCCCGACCAGCCCAUCGAGGAGGUCAUCGACAUCGCUCGCCGCGCCAUCACCUUCGCCACCUACCGCGAUGCCUAUUCCGGUGGCAAUGUCCACGUCUACUGGGUCAAGGAGGACGGAUGGGUCCAUGUGUCCAGCGACGAUGUCAGCCAGUGCUGGUACCGCUACCAGGCCCUGCGGAACGCCACCCCGGCUGCCGACAAGCCGGUCGAUGCCGAGAUGGCCACCGCCUAAAUGACGUGCAGAAACGUGUGAGUUGGGGAGACCGAGAGAGAGAGAGAGACGCAGCCCCCUUACAAGGCCCCAGUGAGGAUGCCUCUCUCCCCACUCCCGCGCCCCGGCUCACCAGCCCCACUCCCCGCCAAAGAGAGAGGAGGAGAUAUCUCCCCAAACAAAACCCGUGUAACAUACAGGCCUGCUGCAUGCAUGCCCCCCCCCCCCCCCCCCCCCCCCCCCCCCCCUCCACUUGGGGCAGCGCUCUGAUCUCCCGAAGGAAGGCGAGCCAUGCUUCAACUGCCGCCCUUUUCUCCUCCCCCUCCCUCUUCCUGUCUCCUUCUCCCCUGCGCCUUCCCCUUCUCGUGUGUGCCUCCCGCCAUGCAAGGUCCGUGCAAAUGGCCCCCACGCGCACGCGGGCGCUGGGCAAGACGCCUGUAGGGCCUACAUUUCGUUGCCCGCUGUGGCCCUGUGAUGGCGGCCCCUGGCAGCACAGCCAACCACAAUAAACCCCCCCUCCGCGAGCGCGUACGCCCACUCACACCCAUGCCCUGG